UGGAUACUUUUUGUGAAUUCCUAACUACUUUGACUUUGGUGAGGACCCGUACUAAGGUUUCUUGUCUCCAGGGGAGCCAGGAGAAAGCUAUGGGGUUAUGUUGCUCAACCGGCUUAAUCUAGAGGAGCAGCAAUGACUGUCUGGAGGGUUUUGUUGAGUAGUUGAGUCCAGUGGAGUGGCCGCUGUAGACCACCACCACUAUGGGUACAGCCUCCUCCUUGGUGAGCCCCGGUGAGGUCAUCGAAGAUGCUUACGGGGGCGAGGGCGGGGAGGCCUGCGAGAUACCCGUGGAGGUCAAACCUAAAGCCCGCCUUCUGCGCAGCUCCUUCCGCCGUGGGCCCCGGGUAAUCGGAGCCAGCUUCAAAUCCACGGGCUCUGUGGACCUGGAAUACACCGCUGAGUACGAGCGUCUGCGCAAAGAGUACGAGAUCUUCCGAGUCAGCAAGAACAAUGAGAUAAUCUCCAUGCAAAGGAAGGAGGCGAAAUUGGAUGAGGAGAACAAGAGGCUCAGAGCCGAGCUGCAGGCUCUGCAGAAGACAUACCAGAAGAUCCUGAGAGAGAAGGAGAGCGCCCUGGAGGCCAAGUACCAAGCCAUGGAGAGAGCCGCCACCUUUGAGCAUGACAGGGACAAAGUCAAACGUCAGUUUAAGAUCUUCCGGGAGACCAAAGAGAAAGAGAUCCAGGAUCUGCUGCGAGCCAAGAGGGACCUGGAGGCCAAGCUGCAACAGCUGCAGGCCCAGGGCAUCGUAGUGUACGACCCAGAAGACUCGGACGAGGAAGACGACAACCGCACCGCUGUCACAACUGCUGGGACUCCGUGUGACUACUGGGGGGGUGGAGUGCUGGGCAGUGAGCCCUCAAUGGGCAGCAUGAUGCAACUGCAGCAGACCUUCAGAGGACCGGAGUUUGCGCACAGCUUGUGCGAUGUGGAGGGCCCGUUUGCCAAUGUCAGCAGAGACGACUGGGACGCUGCUGUAGCCAGUCUGCUGCAGGUGUGUCCUCACGUGUCCCAGGCAUUGUGGAGUAACACGGUCCGCUGCUACCUGAUCUCCACCCAGGAGACCCAGCCCGAGCUGGAGAUCUUCACCCAGAAGUACUCUCCUAAGCUGAGGAGUCUGUGCGAGGACAUGGGCCACUUCUACCUGAACGUCUUUUUCCCGGAGGAGAACGCAGCCUCCUAUGGCCCAGAGCGCAGGCAGGAGAUGGAGAGGAGCUCUUUGUGCGUGCUCCUCCUCAAAUCCUCCAUCACUAGCUGUGUGGAGGAGGAUGCAGAAGAGGCCUUUGUGAGGAAUCCUGACGGCCGUCCCCUGAUGCUCUACCUGAGGACCACGGAGGCCCACCCCCUCACCGGCCCCACCAGACAGCUACUGGAAAGGGUCAAUGCUGCAGACAAGGCUGCCAAAGUCAAGGUAGUGGAGCACAGUGGCUCACCAGAGGAAGGAGCGUCAAUGAUAUACACUCAACUGGAGAAAGUAAUCAAACAGGAGCUGCUGGGUGUGGGAUGCAGAGAUCUGGACAGUAAAGACUCUGGGAUAGAGGAGGGGCAUGAGGAGGAUUCUGGAGACGUGCUCUGGGACCUGCACGACGAGCAGGAGCAGAUUGAGGCCUAUCAGCAGGCCUGCAGCGCUGCAGCUCAGCUGGCCUUCCAGAAGUAUAUAGAUCGUCUAAAUGGAAUGGUUGCAGCUCCUCCUCCCACCCCUCCCCUGCUUGUGUCAGGGGGGCUGGGCUCAGGGAAGUCCCUCCUCCUGUCCAAAUGGAUUGAGCUGCAGCAGAAGCUCUCCCCCAACACGUUGUUCCUCUACCAUUUCGUGGGGCGGCCUCUCUCUACCAGUGCCGAGCCCGUACUCAUCAUCAAACGGCUCACCGUCAAACUGCUGCAGCACUUCUGGUCCAUCUCCGGUCUGUCCAUGGAUCCCUCCAAGAUCCUGGAGGAGUUCCCUCGUUGGCUAGAGAGGCUGUCGGCCAGGCACCAAGGCAACAUCAUCAUCAUCAUCGACUCAAUAGACCAGAUACAGCAAGCAGAGAAACACAUGAAGUGGCUGAUUGAUCCCCUGCCGGUCAAUGUCCGCGUGGUGGUGUCUGUCAACGUGGAGACUUGUCCUCAGGCUUGGAGGCUAUGGCCCACCAUCCACCUCGACCCCCUGACCCCAAGAGAAGUGAAGAGUGUCAUCAGCACAGAGUGCCUGGGAGCCGAUGUCAAACUCACUAAAGACCAGGAUAAGAAACUGGAGAGACACUGUCGCUCAGCUUCCACCUGCAAUGCCCUGUAUGUCACCCUGCUGGCCAAGAUCAUCACCAACUGCCGGUCAACCUGGUCGCUUGAGAAGACGCUGGACCAGGUUCUGCUUUGUCAGGACACCAUGUCUUUGUACAGCCUGGGCCUCACGGUGGUGCUAGACUCCCUCAGCACAGACCGAGCCAGACACGUCAUGAGAGAGAUGCUGUGUCUGGUGUGUGCCAGUCAUAACGGUGUGAGCGAGUCGGAGGUGCUGGAACUCUUCCCGGACCUGGGCAUGCCGGUUCUCUCCUCCAUCCUCUACUCACUGCAGAGACUCUGUAUCGUAGAACUGGGUUGUGGACUCAUUCGAUUCCAGCACCUACAGGCAUGGGAAGCUGUCCGUGUGAAGUUUAUGGAUGAAGGGACUUGCUUUCCUUACAGGAAGAAACUAAUCCAAUACUUCAGCCAACAGCUCAGCCAGGACAGGGUGACAUGGCGGGUGGCUGACGAGCUGCCCUGGCUUCUCCAACAGCAGGGGGACAAGACCAAGCUGCAACUCAUCCUCCUGAAUCUGUUUGUCUCCCAGAACCUCUACAAAAGGGGGCAUUUCUCUGAACUGCUGGCCUACUGGCAGUACGUGGGACGAGACAAGAGUUCUAUGGCCACGGAGUACUUUGACUCUCUGAAGCGCUACGAGAAGAGCUGCGAGAACGAGGACAGCAUGACCAGGCUGGCCAACCUCUACGAGACCCUGGGCCGCUUCCUCAAAGACCUGGGCCUGCUCAGUCAGGCGGUAGCCCCCUUACAGAGGUCUCUGGAGAUCCGGGAGACGGCCCUGGAUCCGGACCACCCUAGCGUGGCUCUGUCACUACACCAGCUGGCCGGGGUGUAUGUCCAGUGGAGGAAGUACGGCAACGCAGAGCAGCUCUACAAGCAGGCCUUGGAGAUCAGCGAGAACGCCUACGGCGCGGACCACGCCUGCGUUGCGCGCGAACUUGACUCUCUGGCCGUUCUCUACCAGAAACAGAACAAGUAUGAGCAAGCAGAGAAAUUGAGGAAACGGUCUGUGAGGAUUCGGCAGAAGACCGCCCGCCAGAAAGGCCAUAUGUACGGCUUCAGUCUGCUGCGUCGGCGGGCCCUCCAGUUAGAGGAACUAACUCUUGGCAAAGACACGGCGGACAGUGCCAAGACCUUCAACGAGCUGGGUGUCCUCUACUACCUCCAGAACAAUCUGGAGGCGGCUAAAGUUUUCUUAACCCGUUCUCUGGAGAUGCGCCAGCGCGUGUUGGGGCCGGAUCACCCAGACUGUGCUCAGUCCCUCAACAACCUGGCCGCCCUGCACACGGAGAGAAAGGAGUACGAGACGGCAGAGGAAAUGUACGAGAGGGCCCUGGACAUCCGAAAGAGAGCCCUGUCCCCUGAUCACCCUUCUCUGGCAUACACCCUGAAACACCUUGCUAUGCUGUACAAACGCAGGGGGAAGCUGGAGAAGGCUGUUCCUCUGUAUGAGUUGGCUCUGGACAUCCGGGAGAAGAGUUUUGGACCCAAACACCCCAGUGUGGCCACAGCACUGGUCAACCUGGCUGUUCUCUACUGCCAGCUGAAGAAGCACAGUGAGGCGCUGCCCCUUUAUGAACAGGCUCUCAGAGUGUAUGAGGACAGUCUGGGGCGCUCACACCCACGGGUUGGAGAGACACUGAAGAACCUGGCUGUACUCAGCUACGAGGAGGGGGACUUUGAGAAAGCAGCCGAGCUAUACAAGAGAGCCAUGGAAAUCAAGGAGGCGGAGCCAUCUCUGCUGUGUGGGAAUGCCCCUUCUCGACACUCGUCCAGUGGGGACGCUCUUAGCCUGCGAGGCCCCGCGCCCCUGCCGCACGCUCCCAGGUGACCCUUCCCUCUCCUCUCCUGCCCUGCCAAAAGAGCACAGGGACUUUUCCCCUGACUCCUCCGGUCAUCUGUCCUUUAUGGAAAUGCAUGGAAGAAGAUCAGAGACCCUGGUUCUUCUGCCCCGGUGCCCGACAAGACAGUGAGGAGUCAAGGAGAGAGAACUGAAAUGGAGCUACGGUCAUCACCGCAUCGCUGACAGAAUCAUCCGUGGCACUACCAUCGGUUUGUCACGCUGCUUUGAGAUGGCACAGCGUCGUCUGCCAAGUGUUCUGUUGCCAACUGCCAUCAUAGAAAUAUGAACUAUACUCUAUUUAAUUACGUAUGAUAAAUUGCCAAUUGUUUUGUGUAGAAUAUAUAUGUGUAAUCAUAUGUUGUUAUAUUUAAUGUUAUGAACGAAUGUGAAAUGAUGUCCACACCGGCCUUGUCAGGGCCUGAUAACUCAGGUUAAAGGAACACAGUGGCUCACUGUUACUCAAUCAAUGGGAGCAAUUAGCUGUCAAUUUCAAUUAGAAUUUGAUGCAUUAUUUCAAAAUGAUUAACUGAUUUCACCGCCAAUUGUAAGCCAAUUGUCAGCUUAGGGAUAUGCAGUUUGCCAACGAUUUGUUAGUUUUGAACGAAUCUUUUUAGUGACUCCGGUCUCACAGGUGAAUUUUUCUAGUGACUUGUUCAAUUGUAUUGUUCAUUCGAACAUUUGACAGCGGAUUUCUACAACAUGAUCUUCAUACCCGGUCCUCAGUUCUCCGAUCAAUGUCUAUAUACAUUUGCUGAGAAAAAUAGAUCAAGGCAGGAACUUCAUGAAGACAUGUUUAUAACUGAUAAUUGAACGCAGGCUAUAAUCGUUAAUAUAGUUAGUUGAUUACUAAUUUCUUUAAAAAAAACAGAUGAAAACAAGCACGGUGCCACUGCCUUUGCCUGAGUAAAAAGACUUGUGAACGACUGACUCGGUCAGUUUUAUCGUUCAUUUGAACGACUGGCAGGAGAGUUCUACCCAACCAAGGAAUAACUUUUCAUUUUACAUUCGCAUAGAAAAUGUAUCAAAACAGUAGCACUACAAAGAGAUGUUUGUAACAGAUAAUUGGACACAUGGCAAGCCAAAAAUAAUUAGGCUAAUGUGGUUGUUGAUUGUUUCGAUCCUUUGAGCGGCUGCCAGUGGAGUUCUACCCCAACCACAGGCUUCCAGCUCAGUAGCCUACUCUCUGUCCAACAGCUGUUUGACCGUGUCAAACGCAUCUUUCUAGCAGAUAAGUGGACGCAUGGCCUACAGUAAUGAAUUGAGUGUUUGAUUUUUGUGGUAAUCAUAGAGUAAAAUUGUAAAUUGUAAAAUAAAAAAAGUUUGAAAUAUUUUACAGCCAAAUAUAUUUAUGCAAGGAAAACAUGUUCACUAGAAGCCAAGCGUAGAACUACCUACUCGUCCAAUGAGAAACUUAUUUUUCUGCUGUAAAGCAUUUUUGUCGCAAAGUGAUACACUCAGACACUCUAGCCUUUGUCUGUACGAAUGUACAUUUAGCCAAAUGGGACAUGUGUUACCAGAAACCUGCCAUUUUGUACAAACCAUAUUCCAACUGAAUUGGCUUACGGUGUACCUUACUGAUGUCAAUGUGUAACACAGGAAUAAAAGAGAAUAUCAUGAACUAUAACCAGUUGGAUUCUGUUUUCCGGCUAAUAAACUUUAUUGAAACAA